UCCAAAGAUCAAAGUCACUGAGUGAACACAUUUUAAUCCUUCAACUCUUCAAUCUAAUAUCUGGAUCAUUUACAACUGAGCUUCGUGUACAGAGCCCAGAAAAAUGGAUAUGGACUUAGAAGCAGUCAUUCAACAACUUGAAGGCAUUAAUAUCCAACUGCAAAGGUAUCCGAAACAAGAUCAGAAAAAUCUACUGGCAGAGCACCAUGAAAAUAGCCGAACUCAGAAAGAAUUGGAUGCAGUGCCCAACGCUAUGACAGUGGCAACAGAAGCCAUUUUAAUAGCCAAGGAAGCUUUGGGAAAAGAACUUCAGCAGCUAAACCAGAUGCGACCUGACAAAGCCUGGGAUGAGAAGUGUAAGAACAUCAAAGCAGAGCACUUAGCAGCAAGCCAGCAAAAUGGGGCACUGCAACAACAAAUUCAGGAGCUCAGGGAAAAACUCAAAAAUGAACCAGCUUUCGACGAAAUGUAUGAUCAACUGAAAGCAGAGAAUGCGGCGAUUAGCCAGCAAAAUGACAACCUGAGACAAGAGAUUCAGGAGAUAGCCAAAGAUCUCCGUAAUGAAAAGGCUCAGCAAGAAAUUGUUGAUCAAAUGGAAGUGUCAAAAGUGGCCAUCAGCCAGCAGAACGCUGCACUGAAAGAACAAUGGCAGAAGAUCUCCAAAGAUUAUGAAGAUGAAAAGAUGUCCAGAUUCAGGUAUAAUGAGAGGUUGCACAUCGUGGACUUUAUGCGCAAAGAAAAUGAAGACCUCCAACUACUCAUUCAGACCUUUACCAGAAGGAUCCAGAACAGAAAAGCCAUGAAGGACAAGUAUAAAGCCCUGAAAUCAGAAAAAAAAGCUGUUUCUGCAAAAAAAAAUGAGCUUCUUAAAGAACUUCGUUCGCUCAACUCAAAGCGUGAUAGCAUGCCAGACUAUGAAGACAAGUUUGAUCUACUGAGAGAGGAGACAGGAGCCUUAAGACAACAAAACGAUAAACUCCAUCGAGAAAUCAAAAAGUGCAUUGAGGAGAUGGAAAACAAAACCGUCAUAAAGGAAAUGUAUAAAGAAUUGAAAGUACAGAAAAAGAGUCUAACUCAGCAAAAUAACAUCCUGAAAAAAGAAAUUCAGGAGGUGGAGAAAAGGCUUGUAAAGGAACAAGCUUUGGUAGACAGGAAUAAUGUCAUGAAAGAAGAAAAUGAAGCCUUGAUCCAACAAAACUACACAUUACAACUCGAGGUUAAAGAGCUCUACGCCAGACUACAAAGUGAACAAAUGCUGGAGGUCAUGAAUAAAUCGCUGACAAUGGAAAAAGAUGCCAUGGGCCGACGAAAUGACGUACUUCGACAAGAGGUCCAGGAGCUCAAUAAAAAGUUUUGCUGAAAACAAAAAAGGGUAGGGAUAAAACUCCAGCCUCACACAAAAAGGUGCUGGUUCAAUUCCUGGGCCUGA